AUGACAUUUGUUUAUGUGUCAUUUUCGUGGAAAGAGGUUGCGUGUGAGAUUUGGUCUGUAUUGUUUUCUAUUAAAUUGAGCGUUAGUUUUUUAAUUUAGUUAUAGUUAACAGUUAUCUCAUUGUAUAAAAACGUGAAGUGUUGUUCUAAAUUAUAUGUGUAAAUGAAAAAUUGUAUCCUGGUAGGAAGUUCAACAAGGUCGUGCUACUUGACAGAUUUCCCUUUAACGCCGUGAGAUGAAAAGGAAAAGUCAGCUAUAAAAAUAUAAACAAUGCGCGCGCAUCGAAAGUUCUAUUGUUCCAAUUAGAAUAGAGGCACAUAAAACCUCUUUGGAGAACAUGUGACGUAACGCCAUCUAGCGGUGAACGGAUGUACUAAGUGAAAGUGAUUGUGACUUGAAUCAAAAUGAAGUUGAACCUAUUCAAACGUUCCAUGAUAUUUGCGACCUUCUUCGGGUCGUGUUUAUGCAUUGCCCUGAUCGUAGGGUCUCUAGGGACGACGCAUUGGGUCGACGCAAAGGCCAAAAGGGCCCCCAAUCCGUUGGAGUCUGAAGGACAGAUUAGCUUUGGUCUGUUCGAAGGUCACAAGGCCCUGAAUGCUGGAGUAGGACGAAGAUAUUAUGAUUUUAGCGUGCGUUCAGGCACGCACCCAGCGCGGCGCUGGGCGUGGUGCGGUACGGCGGCGCAGCUGGGCGUGGCGCUGGCGGCGGCGGGCGGCGCUUGCGUGCUCGCCGCACUCGCCUCCGCCUCCCGUGCGCGCUGCUCGCCCAAACCACUGCUGCUCUGUAACUCCGCGACAGUGUUAUUCUGUCUGGGGUCACUGUCGGUGUGGCUGACGGAGUUCUUCCUCCGUCUGCAGCACAACGUGAUGUCGGAGGAGGAUCUUGCCAACACCUGGUCUUCUGAUGGCAUGGCUGACCUGGGCAUCUCGUUUUGGUUAGUGGUAGCGGCAGCUAUCUCCGCGUUUAUCAACAAUGUCUGCAUUUUGAUAGCAAUGGCGGAUAGCCGCGACGCUGAUACUAUCGCGCCCGCGUUAGAAGAGAAAGUAAACGGAGCUAUCAUGUUAUACUGACCGUGUUGUACGCUUAGUUACUAUGCGUGUACUAUAACAUGAUACCUGAUUUACUAAUUGUGGAACUUUGGGUGGGUUGGUGUAUACUUACUCGACUUACAAAUGGGUAAUUUAUGUAUGUUAACUUGAUUGAUUUAACCGAUUUUAAUUAAUUUCAUAAGAAUACAAACCAACAUAAAAAUAUAUGUGUUGUGAAUAUUACUCUUUUUUGUAAUUCGGAUAAUAGGGUGUCAUGUUUCUGUACACGGAUAGCAUUUUAUAUAGAUCUGUUCAGACUGAGUUGUUUAGGAAAUUUACAAUAUAACAGACAGUAGUUUCCAACGGUUUAUCGAAUUAAUCGGUAAUUUGUAUCGAUUGAAUCGAGAUAUCGAUUUUAGAUGUUUGUCGAAAUAAUUUGUCUUUUUAUGAUCAAAUAUUCAAAUAUAAAACAAAUUAUAGAGCGGACAUUACUUUAAUGUUUUCAGUUAUUUAGUACCUAUCGAUUCAUUAAUAUUAUGUUAACCUAUGUAAACUUGUUACCGACAGCGCGGCAGCCAAAAAUACAAAAAAAAAUACUUUUCUUGAACUAACACAUCUUUGUUCAAACUUAUUUACAUAUUUACAAUUAACAAAACUAUGUCGCGAUCACAUUACGUGAGCGUCUUUUCUUUCUCUAGUUUUUCCCAUCUUUUUA